AGAAGAAACCAAAACGACUUGGAUAAUGUAAGGAAGGACCACAAUUUGAAACUAGUAGGAGAAGCAAAUCAAAGGAUCUUAAAUUACCUGGUCUACUACAACUACAAGUGGAUACAGGACAGGGUGGUAUUUUUUGUUUAAUCUCUUGGAUCAGGUAGAGAUAGAGAGAGAGAGAAAGAGUCAGAGAGAAUUUAAUAUGGCAGUUCCGGCGAUGGUAAACGGCGGCGAUGCGACGGAGAGAGAAACACGAAUGGCACACUCUGCAAUGACGUUGGUUCAGGUGAUAAACGGAGGUUACCAUGUGGUUACGAAAGUAGCACUUAACGUUGGUGUGAAUCAGCUCGUCUUUUGUGUCUUUCGCGAUCUUCUUGCUCUCUCCAUUCUCGCUCCUCUCGCUUUCUUCCGUGAAAGAAGGAUCAGACCUCCCAUGAAUAGAAGCGUACUCUUUUCACUCUUCUUUCUCGGUUUAGCAGGGAUAUUUGGGAACCAAUUACUAUUUCUUAUGGGUUUAGCGUACACGAAUCCAACUUACGCGGCUGCUAUACAACCAUCAAUACCAGUCUUUACAUUCCUCUUGGCUGUCUUGAUGGGUACAGAAAAAGUGAACUUGUUUAAAAUCGAGGGCCAAACGAAAGUUGGAGGUACUCUCGUUUGUGUUUCGGGUGCAGUAGUGAUGGCUUUGUUCCGUGGUCCAGCCUUGUUUGGAGGUGAAGAUGCAGCAAGCUCAGUAAAUAGCCUAGUAAUUGAUAGAAAUCAACUAGAGCCUAAUGGGUGGUUAGUCUCUAGUCUUCUUGGUCUUGGGUUAGAUCUAUGGCACAUUGGAGUUUUUUGCUUGAUUGGGAAUUGUAUGUGUAUGGCUGCUUUUCUCGCCGUGCAAGCACCGGUUUUGAAGAAGUAUCCUGCGUACCUUUCGGUUGCCGCGUAUUCUUACUUCUUCGGUACAUCGAUAAUGAUCACAACAGCUCUCGUGUUUGUUAAAGAGCCUACUGAUUGGAGCUUGACACAAUCUGAGUUUUUUGCUGUUAUAUUCGCAGGAGUGUUUGCAUCAGCUCUAAAUUAUGGACUGUUGACAUGGUCCAAUAAAAUUCUUGGAGCUGCUUUGGUUUCUCUAUACAAUCCUCUUCAGCCUGCAACAUCCGCCUUUUUAUCGACAAUUUUCCUCGGCAGCCCGAUCUAUCUUGGAAGCGUUGUGGGAGGAUUCCUCAUCAUUUGCGGGCUUUAUAUGGUUACUUGGGCAUGUUAUAGAGAACAAAGAACAACAGUAUCAGGGAGUGAGAUUGCUUCUUCUAGCAGUGAUGAUGUUAGAAUCUCGGAACCUUUGAUUUACAGAGAUGAUGAGAAGGGCAAGUAAACAAGAACCGGUAAAGAAAAGAACAUACAAUUUUUUGAGUUCAAUAUUGAUUCUAUAGGAGAUACAGAAAAAUUCAAUAUAUUCAUCUUCCUCAUGUUCUUAUUCUGUUUGUGCAUGUUGUUCAUCUAUGAAAAAAAAAACAGCUCUAUUUGUUUAAAAAUUGAAAAUAAUCAUCUUCCUCUCA